AUGGACGAGGAGAAAGGGGGCGGGUCAAUCUCUGGCAGAGUGUCUUCAUCGUUUCCCUCCUCCGCGGCCCCGCCCAUUGCCUCUUCUUCCUCCCAUGCCCCCGCAUCGACGAGCCAUCGACGGAGGUUUACGGUGGAGCUGAGAUAUGGGCAGACAACCAUUGUAUCCUGGAAGAGGCUCGUUAGGGAAACAAACAAGUCGAACGGAGAACCUGCAGCACCGUCCGGCGCACAUCCGGCUCUCGAGUCCAGAAUAGCUCCGCCUGCUGCGGUAUGUCCUAGAGCAACAAAAUGAAUUCGCUGAAAAUUGACAUUUUAAUUGCAGUUUCCAUUAUCGUUGCAUGACCUCCCACCCGUUGAUUCUGUCGCAUUGCUUACCUAGGUAGGUUGCGUAGUUUUCUCUUCCAUGCUUAUCACACAAUCUUUUCUCCCUUUAUUGCAUUUAUCUGGGCGAAACAAACAAACUCUGUCAUCUUUCCGAGUCGGUCAUUAUCGAUGCGUUCUGCAACUUCUCACGUCCUUUACCAGUCAUCGGACUCUCAUUCUGUUUGCAAGUAUCUCGCCAGCUAUAAAAAUGAUGGAACCAUGGCCGAGCAUAAUGUAGGCUUCAGGUCCUCCUCAAAUUAUGUUACGAUUACAGGUUUCAUGAAGUUCAAUACAUUUGUGGCCCAAAAUUGAAUCGUGCGCAAUUGAAUCUCAAUGAAGAUUUCAUCUCUAACUCCUGUGAGGCCUUCGCUUCUCUUUCUCGAAUUGUGCAUAGAAGAUUGCUAAUAGUCCCCGUAGAAGCUAAUGAGAAAAACUACCAGUCACUGGCUCCCUGGUAAAGCCCGUCAGGCUUGACUGUGAAGUGCUGUUGGUCACAUUAAACAAGACUUAUUUCAAGGAAAUUGUUCUAAUCCAUGGGCUUGAUACAAGUGUUUUGGGGACGAGUUUUUUUUCGUAUAACUAUGGCCUGUAAAAUGAGGUUUAGAUAUAUUUAAACAUUAAGAUGUGAUGAGUAUUUCAUAGAUAAAAGAGUAUGGCAUUUUAAGAAAAUCCAUUUCAUCGUUUAGAAUAUAACAAGGUCGUAUGGUCAUUGUAGUGGGUCACUGUGGUGAUGGGUAGUAGUGGCCAUAUGAUCAUAAUUUCCUUUGUGGUGGAAAACAACAGUCGCAUUUCAAACUCUUUAGUGGCAGGAUCAAUAGGUGGUGGUGGCUACAAUAGAAAGCUGUGGCUAUGUUUUUCAACAUUGAUAUGUAGUAAGGUUGAUGGGUAUUGUUGGCCAUGCUUUAAUGAGUCUUACUGGUCCCAGGCGACAAUUGUGUCUAGAGGAAGGUGACAAUAUCAGUGAGUGGUGUUUCUCAUGUAAUGACAGCAGUAGAAAUAAUGUCAUGUUCAUAGCUAGUAGUUUUGCAUGACACUGAAAGUGGACAAUUCAAGUUGGCGGAUGGCAAUUAUUGUUAGCUUUCGCGCACUUUAGUGAUUUCUAAGCCAUUCUUUAUUCUCAGAUUAAUUUGGAUAUCUCAUUGGAUGUGCCUCUGGCUACUAAAAAAUUUGGUCAUUGGGUUGCCUUAUUUAGCUUGGUUUCACCAUUUCAGCUGGGUCUGCAUCUAAGCUCCUGUUUAGCAAGGUUUUCUUUUUUUAUCUUAUUUUCCAUCUUGAUGGUUAGCCCUUGGAUAUGUUGGUGGAGCUCGUUUUGAAUGGAGUUUACUCUGGCCAUCUCAGUAGCUCCUCAUUAGUAAGACUAGUCUUUAAAUAUCUCGGCAGGUCUGUAUUAGGAGAGGUUCUUCUUCAGUGUGGAUCUUUGGCAGUGGCUAUCUUUAGUAUUCCUACGAUUUUUCUUUCUCUUCUGCUUUGAUUUACUUAUUUUCGAGUUUGUUUGCACGUUUCCAUUGGAAUCUAUGUUUAUGGCUUUUUGCUGAGGAAAACUUCGGUUAACUCUCCAUCCCUUGUCUUUUCAUCAUUGAUGUGUGCAUCAGUUAAAUUAUUCUGCUUAACCGCCCCGGAUUUAAAUAUUUUUACUUUUUUUCGCUAUAGGCUCACCCAAUGGAAGGUGAACAGAAGGAUGCUCAGCCUGCUCCAAAUCGUUUUAGUGCAGUUAUUGAGAAGAUCGAACGCCUUUACAUGGUUUGGGACAUUAUUUUUGGUUCUUGGUCUGAAUUUUUACCGUGAAUUAUAUAAACUCUCAAUAUUAUAAUUUAUUCUCUGUUUAUUAACUUGAAGUUUCUUCAGAUCAACUCGAAUUUCUGUUUUGACUCGAAUCCUUUAUCUUGUGUUCAGGGUAAGGAGAGCAGUGAUGAAGAAGAAGUCGAUGAUGUUCCUGAUGAUGAUCAAUACGAUACCGAGGAUUCUUUUAUAGAUGAUUCAGAACUGGUUUGUACUUCCUGAUGCAUUGAUAUGUUGCGUUUAAUGUUCACAACCGUCUCAUGGAGUAUUUCUAAAUUUUUUAUCUCAAACAAAAAAAAUAAUGUUCUACUGAGCAUUGGAUAAUUUGGCAGUGUAAUGGCCACAUAGACGUUCCCCUUUUGUUUAUAUUCAUUAUCUGACGGAGUAAAUUGUGCUUUAACUUGGUUCCAUAGAGCUUGAAUAAGGUACAUUGACAUCAAAAGAACUGCCUACUUUCAAAGAAAACGUAGUUCGAAAACCUGUAAACAUUGUCUGGAGGCCCUUCUAGAUUCUCAUACGAUCAUUGCUUCUCUUUUUCUCUUCAGUGUUAAUUUAUUUAAUCGUUUCCAUCUAGCACUUGUACAAAUAUAUUUCAUGCCAUAAUCAUGGCUUCUCUCUAAGCUAUUUAAUCCAUGCAGAAUGAAUACUUUGAAGUUGAGAAGCAAGCGACGAAACACAAUGGAUUUUUUGUUAACAGAGGGCCUUUGGAACGAAUGUAAUUGCUCUGAAUCUCUGUCUUUCUUUCUCCCUCUGGGCUCUAAAAUGGGAAGCUAUUCGUUAUUUCUAUGUUUCAAAUAUAGUGGGAAGGCUUUCUUGUCAUGUGGUUCUUUUAUUCUUGUGGUAAUCAACGAUCUUAUUUUUAAUGUUACAUGGGAGCAACUGAUGAAAUUCACACUGAUUUCAUUAUUUAUUAUUUUUUAAUCAUUGUAGUGAACCCAGCUCAUCAGUACCUAGCUUGGUGCCAAAGAAGAGAAGAAGAAAAGAUUCUACAAAAGGUGAAGAUACAAUGAACGAACUUGUGAAUGUGGGUAGUGUGCGUUUAAAAGCAGCAGCUAGGAAUGCUCCAUUGGUAGGAAGGAAACCAUCAAGUCCCAGUAGAAUUAUGGGCUCCUUUGCUGAGCACGGUCAUGAAGGUAAGAUCAUCAAAAAUAAGUUGAGCACAUCCGUGGGAAUGUACAGAAAAAAGAAUAUUGAUCCCACCAUAAAAGUGGAUAGUCUGCCUUAUGUGAAGUUACAAAGUAAGAAUAUCUUGGGAUCUUCUUUAGAUGAUAAGGAUGUUCUGAAUCAUCAGUCUGGGUCGACUAGACUUAGUGAUCCCGCAAACAAGUUGAGAACUACAGGUGAAUCAUUCAGUGCAGUCAAUCUGCUGCCAUCUCGUGAAAAGGGCAGUUACUUUCAAGUUGAGCCCCACUCCAGACUGAUUAAGGAAAAUGAAAUUGAGGUCUCCCCCAAAAUUCGGCGCAUGGAGAAAAAUGGUUCAGAGAUGUUACCUGACUUGAACUCUCCUGGCGAUAUGUAUUCUUUGCAAAGAGUGGUAAGAACCACACUUUCCUUCCGAAUAAUUAUUUGAGAACUCAUUUUCAGAUAAUCUAAUUUAAUUUGAAUAUGAUUUUCAUGAUCAUUCUACUAUUCAUGAACUCAAUAUCUAUUCCAUAAUGCUUAUUUUCUUUCUGACAUUGUACAGAAAUCUUCAUUUGUGAAGGAGGGCUCUGGGAUAGUCAGACCAAAGGGCACAACACUGGAACGAGCUAUCCGUGACUUGGAGAAGAUUGUCUCAGCAUGUAAGCUCGUAAGGUUCCAUAAUAUUUGUGGCCCCACAUUAUUAACAAUUAAUUUGCUUCAUACAGGCAGACCACCAAAUAUGGAUAUUCAGGAUUUCGAUGCUUCAUCGCAAGUGAAGAAAAGAUUACCUCAGGAAGUAAAGCAAAAGCUUGCUAAAGUUGCUAGAUUAGCGGUAAAGUUUGAAAAUUUUCUGCAUUCAGCUUCGGAAUGGUGUACCUAUUUGAUGCUUUUAGCCCCAUCGCAUGCGAAUUUAAGGAUUACAAAGUGGUUUGCUUUUAUUUACUGUAUUGAUAGACGAGAGAGAGAGAGAGAGAGAGAUCCCUAUUUGUAAUAACCCUAUUUGUCAACCUGGUUUUACCUGUCAUCCUCAAUAUAUUGUGCCACAUCUCCAAAGUUUUCUAUUCCAUGUUUCCAUGGAUGGACUUGGCACAUUUGUCAUUGUUACUGCAUAAAUAAUUACACAACUCCCUGGUCUUCCAUGGAUCCUCUUGUUGUUCAUCACCUGUCGUCAGACAUUGGAGAAAAAGACAGCAGAAAACAAUUUCUGAGGCCUUAGGUUCCAAGUGUCUGCUCUGAUAGGCAAAAGUACAUGAUUCACGAAAUAUAACAAUCUUGUAAAAGAUAAGUGUAAAAUAGAGGGAGAAGAAAAAGCUGUGUACCUUAUACAACCUACACCCCCAACUUUGGAAAGGUUUAUCAAUCAUAAUCACCUAGGAACACUCGUAUAUUUUUUAUUAUUAUAUUGGUAGCUCUAAAUUACCUAGAAUUUAUUCUUCUAAACUAUGCUCUGAUUUUUUAAUGAGUUUGUAUCCUCAAAAUUCUUAUGGCAAUGAAACCUGGGUUUCCCUUCAGCUGCUUUUAUUUGGUCUGCAGGCAAGUCAAGGAAAAGUAAAAGAGGAAGAUUUGGUUGACCGUCUUAUGGGCAUUGUUGGCCAUCUAGUGCAGCGGAAAACAUUGAAGGUAAUAACUUGUGUUAAAAAUGAUUUGACAUGCUUAUCCGUUCAUUACGAAAUAUCAGUGUUUCUCCUAGUGUUGACUAGAUUGUCCUGUGCUUUAUCUAUGGUACUUGGUAACAAAGGUAAACACAUUGCUGUGUUUUUGCCUUAACUGAAAAAGGAAUUCGCUUCAAUCAUUUUUUAAUUUCAGUUUAAGGAUGAGGCAUUUCUUGCUCUGCCAUUGGUUUUGAGCAUUAGUUUAGGCCGCGAGCUCAUUACGUUUCAUCUAUCAGUCCCCAGAUUUUUUUCAAUUUAUUUUCCCAGCAUUUUCCCCCAUUUUUCUUGCUGUCUAACAACCUGGUGAAACAAUUAAAUCAAUCAUGACAUUGAAUUAAUUAAUUUUUUUUAUAGUGUGGUGACUGAAAUUCAUUCAUUUAUAUCAUAAUGUUACCAGAAUAAUAGGCUUUAUUUAUGCUACGUUUUUUUUCUGGAACAAAGAACGUAGAGAGAAAUGUCAUUUCUAGCUUAGUACUCUUGUUUAUUGUCUAGAAAUAUGUGUCGCAAUGCUGGUUCCGUCUGGUUACUACCCUGCAGUCGUGUGCCAUCUAAAGCCUAUUUGAAAUACUGUUCUGAUAUCAAGAUAUUCUGAUUUUGAUCUAUGUAGCCUUUUCGCGUAGAUUUAUCAUUGAUAGUUUUUUUAUUAUUCAGCAUAGAGUAAAACGACAGGAUAAGCUGUCACACCAAUUUCGCAUCUGUCAUAUUUAACACAUGUUUAUGCGAGAUACAUUUGUUCGCAUCAUUUGAUUAUUAUGAGGCAUAAGAACUGCUUGGUAAAUAAUGACAGAGUAGUUUUUCAUUUUUCUCCUCACCACUCAAUGAUAAUUUUUUGCAUCGUCUUCACUCCAUGCACUUGUGGAAUUAAGCAGUUUUAUGGCUUCUGUUGUUUAUCUAUAGGAGGCAUGACAACCGUGUUAGUAAAUAACAACACAAUAGCUUCCCAUCUUUCUCUGCAUCACCCAAAGAUAAUUUUUGCAUCAUCUAUACUCCACGCAUUUCUGGAGUUGAGCUGCCCAAUGGCUAUCGUUGUUUAAAUGCCUAAGUGAGGCAUUGGAAUUCUCUAUUCACUGUAGCUUCUGCCCUCCUUGACCUUACAUUAGACUAUAUUGCAUUACUAUGACAGAUGUUGAAAAACCACCCUGUCAAAAAGCCAGAGAUAUGUUGAAAAAAACGCUGUAUAAACUCUGUAAGGACAUGGAAAACUCGCUAUCAAAGGGUCCCAGGUCAUUAAUUAUUUCACGCGCUGUCCCAUUACCUCAAUUUAUAGGCGAAUAUAUUAUUGUAAGCUGAUUAGAAAUUCCCUCGGUUUUAUUUGGAGAAUUAUACAUCCCAUUCUUACCCAAGUUAACACGUGAUUUCGUAUCCAUUAAUAGGAAGAUUCUUGAAAUAAAAAGCUACUGUGGGCGGAAGCAUUUAAGACUGUAUACGAAUUUAUCUCUGGAAAAAUGUAUGCCUUCCUCAUAACCAUUAGUCAAGGAGGAACAAUUUGUAGAACCUGGUGAAAAGCCCGCAACAAAUGUUAAGAGUUGGGAAAUGACAGCAAUGGAGUCCAAAACUCGUGGUUUUAUUUGCACAGUCUAUUCCUUGGUAAUCUAAUCCCAGAGAUCUAUGAACAAGCUUAUGCUUGACUAGCCAAGUAGAUAAAUGACUCUGCAUCUUCUUGAUAUCUCCCGCAUUUGGAUUCGCAAAAGUUUUUCAUAUUUACAAUUAAAUUCGUAUUGACUAGUUAAGCGUCCUAUAGUAAGAGGAGUAGUUAUGAACCUUGUAGUUCAUCCCCAUGGGGAUGACGAAGGGUGGAAAACGACCCAUGACCUCUUGGGGUUAUCCUCAUUUCAAUAGAUAGGAAGAACGAUGGAAAUGAGAUCCAUGGUGCAGUGCUCUGUCAGGUUCAUGAAAGAUUUCAGUGAUGCGUAAACCUAGGGCGGUGGUCAAGAAUCCUAUCUCCAAUUGGAAAUUGGCUUUAGUGAAAAUUUCCUGUUCCAAAAUAAUCUAUAAAUUCAGUCAGCGGAAAUGGUUACUCUGUGCGAUUAAAAGUAAUCAGUAUUCAGUAUCCAUGUUGAAUGUGUCACCGUUGAUAUCAUUUGGUGGAGACUCUAGAUAUGAAAUGAAAUGGCUCUGUCGACACCUUCACUUUACUGAUGUGGUGGAGAAGUGUUCAUAUUCAAGCAUUAAGUUGAUGGAACAUGCAGCCACUUAUAUAAUGGACACUUGUGAUUAGACUGACAUUAUUGGGUUUGAAGUACAGCCCGGUAACCGUAUAUUAUCACUAUGGAGUAAUUUCAGUGCCGACUGUGAAAAUGGAUGAUGAACAAGCUGUCAUCCACAAAAUCAAAGAGUGCAGAAUUCACAGUCUGUGAUCUGAGUUUAUAUAUUAUGUUACUCUGAUCUGGCACCUUUCCGACUUGGGCAGUUUUUCUUCCUUUGAUACCUUUUUAUCAGCCAAACAGAUACUUUGAGCCGAGGGUUCAUGUUAUGCCUUGGGCAAUAUCCUUGAUGUUUUAGACUUGGAUAUGAUGUUUAUGAUGCCACCAGUUCGGUACCCAUGAAAUGCAUCCCAUAUUUUUGCAGGAUAAAUGGUUUUUUUCCUUUAUAGUUUCGAUUUUCUUUGUUUCCUGGACCUGAUGAAGAGAUUGUUGUUAACUUGCUAUUUUUGUCAGAGGAACUUGAAGGAGAUGGUUGAACUGGGACUGUCAGCGAAACAAAUAAAAGAUGAUAGGUUCCAGCAGAUAAAAAAGGAGGUUACUGAAAUGAUAAAGACGCGGAUCGUGCAUUCAAGAACCAAGGUAAUUUUUCAUUUCUAAAUAUUCAGUGUGUUUCCUUUUUGUGGGCGAGGUUCAUAGAUGACAGAGACCCAAACUUGAUCCAGCGGCCAUGCUCCAUUGCUCUGUGGAUUGAAAGAUUUACACGAAAAGUUGUCUAACCGUGAUUUCAUAUGCAUGCAAUCAAACCUAGAAGUGUUUCUUAUUUAGGUUGACACUUCUGCAUGUAAAACCUAAUAAAACACGCAAAAGCAUCUGUGAGCAAUCAGUGUGCACAAAAAAUGUUGGAUGAAUGGAUAUACAUGUAGCUGUUUUUCGUGAUGUUCGAUCUUUCACCUAUGUUUACAUGUACAAAGUUCAAAAACACUGGGCACCAUUGCUAUUGACUGUUCACAUAUGAGUACUUUACAACUACCGAUGGAAGGGUAAAUAUGGACUAAAUGAGGCUUGCAGCUUUUGUGUCAAUAUGGUCUGAAUCUUGUAGAUCAGCAAUGAAGUUAGGUUAACAUUUUUAAUUAAGUUUUGGUAUUCAUUAAUUAUUCAGGUCACCGUUAGAGUUUCACUAAUUAUUAGCUCACCUGAUCCAUUGAUAUCCUUUUGACGGAUGCAUUAUGAAAACUCAGUUUUAGGGUAUCCAUGGUUAUUGAACUAUACAUAUUCUGGAACUGUGGUGAACUAAUAAUUUAUGGCAAUUAUUUUUAUGAGAAAGAUGCAACCCAGCAUCAGUUUUAUGCAUCUAUUACUUGUCCAACCUGUUUUGGGUUUUCUUGACAGUCUGUGCUUCAUUCUUUUACAGGUUCCUGAACAGCAGGAUAGUUUCUCUGAUGAUUUUCAGGAGGUUGUCGGUAAUGAAGAAAAAAGAGUACCUAAAGCAAAAUAUAGCAUGGAUGAUGCAAUUGAAGACAAGAUCUGUGAUCUUUAUGAACUGUAUGUUGAGGUAUAUGCCUCCCAAUUCUCCACGUUUAUAUUUUUACUCUUGAGAAUAAUCUAUAUUGGGAACAAUGGACAAAUCAAGGUAAGAAGAAAUAGGCUUUGAAGGACUCCUUUUAAAAAUAUUUUUCGUAAUAUGUAUGCUGGAUAUGUAAUGUUCAGGUUGUUCAAUGAGAUUCGAUGUAAACUACGGAUGCUUUUGUCAAGAUUACACCUUUUAUCUAAUGUUUUAAGAGUACAUUCAUGAUCUAGCUUGUUAUGUGGCAAUACAGCUGAUAUGACUUUUAUCUUAUUUAGGGAAUGGAUGAGGAUAAAGGCCCCCAAAUGAGAAAGCUUUAUGUGGAGGUAAUGAAAUACCCUUUAAAUAGCUAUAUUAUGUGUAUCUUUCAGUCUUCCCUACUUUGCUAAUCUACUGCUUAUAUUAUAUUCAGUUAUUGGAUAUCAGUUUACAACUCUUUUUUUCUUCUUUUUUUUCCGUUGUCAUUUCGUUCAAGUUGGUCACUGACUGUUCUACUGGCCCUUUUUAUCGGAUUUUCUUUUAAUCUAUUAAUGAGUUAAAUUCUCGGAAAUUUUAAUGUCAUUUUGUGCCCCUCGAUGUUUAAUGGGUCAUUUGGAUUUUGCCUUUUUUCCAUCUGUCAGUAUGUUAAGAUAUAUCCUCCCUUUUUUAGGGUUUGAUGAACUUAUUUUGUCUGUGACCCAGCUUGCGGAGCUAUGGCCGAACGGUUACAUGGACAAUGUGGGUAUCAAAGAUGCUAUUUACAGAGCAAGGGAGAGAAAGAAAGCUUUCUACAGGCAGCAGGUCUUCCUCUCUCUCUCUCUCUCUCUCUCUCUCUCUCUCUCUCUCUCUCUCUCUCUCUCUCAUGCUUUUGAACAUGUUUUCAAUUGGUUUCAUACGCUCAGAGGUACUAUUUCUUGGAGAAAACUGCGAAAAUUAUAAAAAAUAACUCCAUAUCUCUUUUCAUUUCCAUUUGAGAACUUGCGAACCAGACUUUGUUGGUUCAAUGGACAGGGGACCCAUCUUCUCAUGGUUCAAGAACACCCAGUUGAGAAGAACGAUGACCGGUUCUUGCUUGUUGCUCCAGGACCGGGAGGAGGAGAGGAUGAAGAGGAAGAAGCUGUCGGCCGCUGGCAGGUUGGAAGAGAACGCGGUCGUCACGUUGGGUCUUCAGGCGCAGCAGCUCCCCUCGCUGUACCUGCCAGAAGCUAAUGAGCAGGUCGCGAUGGCUGCCCACCAGCCGCCGUCCCUCACACAGCCCGGGAGGAUGGCCGAUCAAGCUCCCUCCUUUCCCAAUGGCGGCGCCGGUCACCACCACCUCGAGCCGAAGAAUCCCGAGAGGAGUAAACCCGGCGGGGCUCUUCCUCCUGGCGAGGCGAUGAGGAUCGAUGCGGCUGCUCUUCUGAAGAGGAAGCUGAAGAGGAAGCUGAAUCCCGAGACUGGAGAAGCCGCCGCCGUUGCACCGGUGAGGGAGAAACUCGGUGCUUCCGGCCCGAGUCUGGAUCCUUGA